AGCAGUAGCACUUCCUCGACGGGAAUGGCACAUCCCUAUCCACCUUCACAUCGCACCGCAGCUCUUCCUCACCCAGGACCUCAGAUCAGUACUCGAGACCAGUACACGCCUGCGACGCCCUCGUUCAGAAGGCCGUCUGAACACGCUACCCGCUCACCAUCCUUUGCAACUCAGCAUAGAGGCCGUCAUCCCCUGUCUCCGACGACGAGCCCCAACACCGUCUUUUCCACUGCUGCCCCAAGCAUGGGCUCUAGUGGUUACACAAGCCGACCUGCCCCGAACAACAUUCCUCCCCUGCAAGCAGUCCACAUGAUGGGCAAUCUUCAGUACGCCGACGGCGCGGGAACGCCUGUCAAGGCUGAAAUCCAGGGUGUAAUCGACAAGGGCUUCUUCCUCUCGGAAAACGAAUGGACCUGCUACCGCAGAAACUACUUUUCUUGCAUCUGCUCCUUCUCACUGAACCCCCAUCUUCCCGGUGUGUCUAUCCAGUACACCGCGACCGGCUCCAACCAGCCAGUCCAAGUCUACGGCUUUGCCAUGUGCAUCUCGGCCGUUGUAUCCGACAAUGAGCAGCACAACAUUGAACUCGUGCAGCACACGCCUAAGCGGGACAAGGGUCCCAUCAUGAAGCCCGAAAAGGUUCGCCUCGGCGUCAAACCACCCCAGGCGAGCCACCAUCACCACAUGGGCAUGUACCCAGAUGUGGCCAGCCGCCCAGUCUACUCGGACAGCUUCAGCAGCCAGCCCGGCGGCCAGCAGCUUCCCACCGAACACACCUUUGAGCGUAUCCAGUUCAAGCAGGCCACGCAGAACAAUGGCAAGCGCAGAGCUGCUCAGCAAUACUACCAGCUGGUCGUGGAGCUGUGGGCUGACGUUGGCAGCAACGGCAGCAACGGUGAUUCGUUUGUCAAGGUGGCCACACGCAAAUCCGCCAAAAUGAUUGUUCGGGGCCGAUCCCCUGGACAUUAUCAAAAUGACAGACGCGGAAGCCAGAGCAGCGGACCAGGUGGCUCGGCCGGUAAUCUUGGGCCAUUUGGACCCAUUGGGGGAAUGGAUUUCAACACCAACCCCAUGAUGAACCCACCGGGAUACGGCGGCGGUGGCGGCGCGUUCGAUAACCGAGGACACGUGUAUGGCGUGCGUCAACAUGACAUUCCACCCGAGUCGAUGAUCACGACCGAGGAAGCCAAGGCCAUCAACUCGGUCAGAGAGUAUCAGUACUACCCAGGACCCAUCUACGAGGCGCAGAACGAACGGGUCGAACUGUUCAACCCUCGAACAGAGCGUAACGACGUGGUGCCUCCUCACAUGGCCACGGGACUAGACGUGGGCUCCAAGAUCAAGACCGACUACGAUAGUACCACACUCCCAAGCAUCUUUCAACCUCCGGCACAUCUCGGGGAUCGCACACCUGCGCCAUUCGAGGGCAAGUCGACAUCGACCGGCUACUACCCGACUUCCAUGGUUCCCUCGUCUGGAAUCAACAUGACCAUGACAUGA